AUGUCCACGCCGCCGGCCGCCGCCGCCGCCGCCGCCGCCGCCGCCGCCGUCGCCACGCCCUUCAUCACCUCGGUUGUGUCGGACGAAGACUCGCGCCUCUACGACCGGCAGAUCCGCCUCUGGGGCUUCGAUGCCCAGGCCCGCAUCAAGUCCGCACAUGUCCUGGUCGCCGGGAACCUGGGCACGGCCACGGUGGACGAGUUCCUCAAGAACCUGGUCCUGGCCGGCGUCGGCCGGGUGACCCUCCUGGACGCCGGGGCCCUGGUCGUGCCGGGGCAGUGCGAGUCGCAGUUCCUCCUGCGGGACUACAGCGUCGGGCAGCUGGUGGCCGAUGAGAAGGCCACCCACCUGGCCAUCCUCAAUCCGCAAGUGGACAUCCGGGUGGCGCGGCUGGUGGAAACGGCCGAUGAGCAGCCGGCCGCCAUGCUGGCCCGGCUGGCCGGCCACCCGUCGGCCGCCGUGUCCAGCUUCUUCCACAAGGGGGCCUCCCUGCGCCAGUGGCUGACCCCGGACCGCAUGCACACCGAGGGCUUCACCUGCGUGAGUGUCUUUGAUGUGGACGCCGACACCCUGGUCGCCGUGAAUGAGGCCUGCCGGCGGGUGACGCGCCCGGGCCCGGGCGGCUCGGCGGCCACGGUUCCCCUUGUGGCGGUCACCUCGGCCGGGUCCUAUGGCUCGGUCUUUCUGGACUGUGGCCCGUCGCAUGUGGCCAAGUUCGAGACGAAGGACGCCUCCGGCCAGAGCCAAACCAUCACCCAGGAGAUCGCCUACGUGCCCUACCGGACGGCGGCCGGGGUCCAAUUUCUCGAGAGCCUGACGGCCCUCUACGCUGCCGCCGCCGACGACGGGGCCAUCACCCUCAGCUCCACUCGCAGCGGGCCCACCCCCGCCGGCGACGUGGCCAUACUCUUCACUGCCACGCAUGGCGCCUCAUCCAUCUCCACCCUCGUCGAGCCGACCGAGCUGCGCGCCUUCCAUCAGAAGCUCUCGACCACCUGCGUCCGGCCGGCCACCUCGGCCCUGAAGAAGCGCGCGGGGAAGAAGAACUGA